CAAGCCGGUUCUCAAAAGCCAAUGAGCGCCAUCUAAUUUUCAUCGACACCCACCUGCAACAAUAUCUCUAACCACGCCCCCCCGAAGACGCGACAUCGAUACGCCUGGCGUCAUGGCGGAUUACAGCAAGCUCAAGGUCACCGAGCUGCGCGAUUUGGUCAAAGAGCGCGACAUUCCCGCCGCGGGCCUCAAGCUCAAGCAGCAAUUCGUCGACGCCCUCGUGGCUUACGAUGAAGAGAAUCCAUCAGCAACCACUGGCGGAGUGAACGAGACCGAGGAGGGAAAUGCUGAAGAAGCAGAGGUCGACGAGGAUGCAGCAAUGGAAGAGGCACAGGCCGACGAUGCGGUCGCCAACGAUGAGACAGAACAGGCUCAGGACAGCGACACGGAAAACCGCAAACGCAAACGACGCAGUCCGACGCCGCCCGUAGACGCAGAAUCGAUCAGCAAGAAGCUCAAGACGGGAGAGGACGACGAGGCCAGCCCGGCAGAGGCACCGAAAGACGAAGACACGAAAGACCAACCACGCUCGGGACAAGAAUCGCGAGACGUCGAAAUGCAAAACGGACGCGACGACGACGAGGAGACCAAAGCCGACGCGGACCGCCUCCGACGCACAUCGGAUCCCAAACCAUCACAACCCCGGGAGCCGCGCGAGACCACCAACCCAUCGAAACCCGACCGGACCAUGGCCGACGCGCCCUCGGGGCCCCGAUCCCGCACCGCGCGCAACGCGCCCGUCCGCACCAUCGAGCCACGCGACGACGACGGCGACGACGAGCCACGCACGCUCCGGCCGCUGCCGCCGGCGCCGCCGGCGCACGUGCCCGCGGCGAACACCAGCAGCGGGACGUCGUUCUUCUCGCUGGACGAGCGGUUCAGCCGCACGGAGACGAAGCCGAAGCUGUACUUCAAGGCGGUGGGCGACGAGCGGGCGGCGGUGCGGUGGGACGCGCUGCAGACGGAGACGAGCGCCGCGUGGGAGCCCGCGGUGCAGUACGACGACGACGUCUACGCCAUGAGCAACAUGCGGAGGUACACGUUCGAGGACGACCGCCUGGUCGACUCCGGCCCGGACUUCGGCAUCUUCGGGCGGCCCGGCGGUGGUGGCGGGAAGGAGGGCGGCGGCCGGGACGGCGGGAGGGAUGGAAGGGGGUACGGCGGCGGCGGCGGCGGUGGGAGGGGCGGGAGGGGUUAUGGGGGGCCCCGCGGUGGGUAUGGUGGUGGACGAGGCGGUGGGAGGGACCGCCGGGGUCCGCGGUCGGGCGAUUUCUACGACGGCGGCGGGGGGCCGCCGGGGCAUCGGCGCGAUUGGUGAGAGAGAGAGAAUGGGAGAGAGAAGGGAGAUUUGGCCUUUGUAGAUGGGGGAAAGACACCACCUCGAAAGAAAGAAAAAAAAAAGGGAACGAAAGGGGUUUCCCAUCGUCCUAGGAUCACGAUCGAAUCAUUCCUUUUUCAUUUUGUGUUUGCUUCCGUGGGAUGAUAUGUUCUCACAUUUUUGGGGAUGGUCGUAGGAACCUGCUUCUUCCGCGGCUCUUCUACUUACUGCUAUUACUACUACUACUCGGUGCUAGCCGGCUCUCUCUUCCUUCCUUUCUACCUUUCUAUCUCUCUUGUCCUUCCUUUUUUUUU